GCCAAUGGCACCAAGUCCUUGCAAGUAAUUAACUGCAGUUUUCUGGCUGAGUAUUAUUACCCCUCUGCAAUUAUAGCUAGAAGACAAAACACAAGGAGCCAGCAAAAGGCUACAUUCUGUUUUUUCGCUAAAACUUUGUUUACUCACAGACCCACCAUGAGCAUUGUUUCUCUGUUUUUAGGACUCAUCUGUGGACUGCUGUUGAUGUUUUGUUCUUACUUCCCAGGGGCAGGGAAAUGCCAGUUUAUCUGGGGAAGAGAUGAACAGUUAAGCAAGGCCAUCCUGGAAAUGCUACAUAUCAAUAAGUUAUCCAUACCUCUCAGGACCAAACCUCACCACUACAUGAAGUUAGUCUAUCAUCUACGAAAUCCACCAGCCUUAAACAGUGAAGGGACUCUUGUGCAGAGUUUCAGGAGAAUCCAAGAUCCAGAUUUUGGCAUUCCAGGAUGGCUGUGGUUUAAUAUUUCUUACCUGAAACCUUCCAUGAGGCUUGCAGAAUUAGUUCUUCUCCGGAAGACUCUACACCCAGAAUCGCUGACAGUCAAUGUUACUGUGCACAGUAUCUCUGUGGUCCAGGGAAAUAUCACAGAAAGCAAAGCCUUAGAUGAAAAAGUGCUGAUGUUAGAUGAGCUACCACCAUCUGGUUAUGAUGUCUUUAACAUUUCAGCCAUUUUGAAUGAGACCACCUCAGAUGUCAUAGGCUUUCGGCUACGAUUCACGGAUGACAGUGGCAGCUUGGUUCUCCAUGAAGCUCUGACUAAGAGCCUGUACUGUUUGAACAGAUGCACCCAGAGUGAGCCCUUACUGGUGGCUUAUCGCUUCCUGGUGACCGAGCUAUAUGGUGGAAGUAAACAGCAGGCCACUAGAGAAUGCCAACACUGCGCUACAGAGAGAAGGAGAAACUUGCCAGAAGAUUCCAGGCUACAACAGUGCAGCCGUCAACAACACUAUGUGAACUUUCAGACAAUGCAACUGAGCCACUGGAUUCUGGAGCCUCCUGGCUUCUUCACAAGUUUUUGCAAAGGAGAAUGCUCUUACGAAGAAUCUGGAGAGCUCUCUGAAGCACAUCGGGGUGUAAUAAAUAAAACAGAAAAUUGGAUGAGUUCCCACUGUGUGCCCCAGAAGCGAUCCUCCAUUAACGUGAUGUACUUAUCUCAUUCAGAAGACCUUGUGAUUGAAAGGCUGAAGGAUCUGCGAGUAGAAAGUUGUGCAUGUAAUCAGAUGUUUUGAUAAAGUCUAGGUCUCUAGUCAUCCCUAAAGAUUUGAAGUCUUUGUCACUACAGAACGGGAACUUUAUAGUUUCAGGGUGCUAAAAUGGAACCCUAUAAUCUUUGAGAUGCCCUGUUCCUCUGUAAAGAGCCAGUUAGAUGUGUAGAUAUCAUAGUCUGUACAGCAGAUGAUACCCAACAAACUAAAUGUAUCAAAGAAUGGCUUGAGAUUGCAUAUAAAUUACAGCUAAAUGGUUUAACCAAGGAGACCUUCAAAUUCACAAUACAACAUUGUCACUACAUCAUAUUCAGAUUACCUUUUGCCUGGAUUACUGUGGCAUGCCAUUGAGAAUAAAUAUAUUCCUGGUGACCUUUAUCAGUAUUUGUUCCAGGUGGAAGAAAAGGACCAUGUUCAGGCUUUUUCCACAUUAAAUUUGAAAACCUCAUUAUGUAUGGGGGAGUAACCACUAUCCCAUGAAUAACUGAAAGAGGACAGGGUACAGCAUGUUUUAAUAUAAAGUGUCAUUGUUAAAGUACAUCCUUACCACAGGGCCCCCUUUGCAGUGUUGUGCCUUGCAGCAGCCACUUAGCUUCAGUUUCCCAGCUGAUCUGCUGCUCCACCCAACCUACCCCACCUUCUGUAUCAAAAAGGCUUAGCCCUGAGGCAAGGUCACUUACAGUUCUGACCCUUCUGGCAAACAAGCAUGAGCAACACAAACUUUUAAAAACUCUUCCCUUUUCUCCAGGGGAAUCUGCUAAACCCUAUUCUCCCCUGUCCCCAGCCCACCUUCUCUCCCACAGCAAAAGCAGCAGCCACCUCCUUUCCCUCCUUCCGUCUAGCCCUAACUACUCUCCUCUGCUACAGGUGCCUUCAUUUAGGCUGAUUGAGCUUUCAGUAGCCCAUUAAUUCUGUCCAGUGAUUUACAUGUACAGAUUCCCCAGACUAUAGGGCCUGAUACUGCAUCACUUAACACAUUGGGAACUCUUCCUAUGAAUUGAGUCUAUUCCUUGCUAGGCAACUCGUUAUUAACUCAAUUGGGAACUCUGCUUUUCUCAUGGUCGAUUUUCAUAACUAAACUGUGACAUGUCUGAGAUGUGUUAACAAUGUAUACUGUGUAUCAGACUUUGUUUAGAUGAAAUACCUUAAGAGGUAUUAAGAAAAAGGAGUGGAUUUUUUUCUGGUGGGGGGUGUCACUUAACUCUGAAUAUCAGGAUAAUGUUCCUGUUCAUUCUAGAGUUCACUGUAAUCCUUUGUAAUUACUUACACAUAAUAUUUUUACAAAAACAGGAACAAAUCCCAGGGACAAUGUGGCUGAUGUUUUUCCUUUGUCAUAGCUGUAGCUCCUCUGACAACAGAAAGGUAUUUUUUAAAUUAAAGGUUGAUUUAGAAAACAAAUAUAGUCUGAUUGGUGUCUGUGCAAGACUGCAAAUGACAUUUUAGAGAUUUGAAUGCUGAAGAACCAGGCAGACUUUUAAAAACAAAAACAUUCAACUUGUAAACCAGAAGUUAAUCUUUUUCAGGAGUAUAAUAAGAUGGUUAAAAUGAAUGCAGCCAUAAUAAAAUAAUUUUAUAUUUAUAUAGUGCCUUUCAUCCUAAAGGAUUCACUAACAGUUUAAAAACUAUGGGUCUAUCCUGACAACACGUAAGCACAAAAGUAAUUUUUACUCACAUGUGCAAUAUCAUUGAAGUCAAUUGACCAAACAACAAAAGGCACAAGGGCCCCCCUCCUUUGUUAGAUGCUAUAAGCAAAUUUAAAAAACAUGAAAACUCAUUCACACUGACCUAUAAAUCUGAAUGUUUAGAUUGAUAGAGAUAUGAUUUACAAUAACAUUUAAACAAAAUACUGCUUUUUGGAAUGGAGACAAUUUAUUACAUGUUAAACUUUAAAAAUACAAUUUACUGUAAUUACAUCAGCUUGUAUAGUAGGUGUAUUCAAGUUAAAAAUAAAAGCUACUGGAGACUAGAAUAAAAGUUAAAUGUCAAGACCCAAAUAGGUAGUUCUUUACAGAUGACAGAUACAAUUUAACAGAAAGUGAGUUUGAAGUACUGUGGAUAUAAACAGCAUAAUAAAUGUAAAACAUGACUAAUGUUUUAUGCUAAUAUUUGUAGGAGACUCUUAUUUGAUUGCUGUCCUGAACUGAUAGAAUAUUCUAACAUCAACCUAUCUCUAGUUUUUGCUACUGGAUUAAGAGAUUUUUCUAUUUAAAUUGCUGCUAGUGACAUCCAUAUACUAAAACAUACAUAUUUUAAAAUAACUAAAUGGCUUUAAUUUUUCUAGCAAUUUUGUUUAAUUCUGCAAAUCUUAUUCAUUUUUU